GCAAAAAUGUAGCCAAUGGGUUCCAAGAGGAGACGAACUUGCUUACCAACCGCGGAAAGUUCCUCCAAUUGAGUCCACCUUUUAACUGAAGAAUAUGUAUGGUGACCAAUAAUAUCUCUGAGCUUCAUUCUUGCAUGUCCAUUUCUCUUCCUCGCUGCAAUCUUUGAUUUCGAUAAGACAAUUUCACGAGGAAGAGAGGACAGGAACAUGGGUUUGGAAAUCUUGGAACCUAACACUUGCAUUCGUGGUUGCUGUACCAGCCCGAAAAUCCCCAUUCAUCUCCCUCUUCCUUCUUAUUCUCUCUCUCACCCUAUUGCUCGAGGGGCUGAAAGUGUGGUGUAUGAAGCCAUUCUUGAUGGUAAAAGAGUUGCUGUGAAAAAACCCAUCUUGUCCACCUCUGAGGAUAUUGAUAAAUUCCAUAAAGAACUGCAAUUAUUAUGCAAAUUGGAUCAUCCGGGGAUAGCAAAACUACUGGCGGCGCAUGCCAAGCCGCCAAAUUACAUGUUUUUCUUUGAAUUUUACGAGUCCGGAAAUCUUGCCGGGAAAUUACACGUGGAUGAAUGGAGCCCAAGUAUAAGACAAGCACUUGAAGUUGCAACUCGUCUAGGUGUGUUAUGCAUUUGCAUUUUCCAGCUGCUUGUCAUUUUAUGUGUCAUCAUGGAUAGUGCGUGCUCCCUCUGUUUCAAAAAGAGUUGUACUAUUUCCUUAUUAGUCCGUUUAAAAAAGAUUGACACCUUUCAAUAUUUCCUUAAUAGGGAGCAUUUGUAGCCACACAAAUGCUAUGACAAGUUUCAGGCCACAAGUUUCAAAAGUUUUACAGCCACACAAAUAUUAUGGCUUAUUUAAGACCACAUAUCUGCAAAGUCUUCCCUUAUUUAUUAAAGUUUGUGUCAAUUCAAACUAGGACAAUCUUUUUAAAAUGGAGGGAGUAAUUGUUUUCUUUUUUCCGUUGUAGGGAUGUUAGCUUAUCUAAUAAAGUUAAUGAUUUGAAGUAAUGCCAAAGAAUUUAUAAUGUUUUCCACCAAGGUGAACAAUUAAUAUUGUGAAACUUGCAUUGAGAAUGGGAUCUAUUAGAAUGUGAUAAAACAGAUAUUUAUCAAGAAAAAGAAAAGAAUGUGAUAAGGGAAAAAUAAUAAAUGAGCUUCUAUUGGAAGUCUACAAUACCAGAUUGUGAUUCAUUGAUGAUAGCACAUAUGGACUGAAAUGGGGAAAAAAAGGGCAUGGAUAAUGCUAGAAUCAUUAGUAGACAACUGAACUGCUGAGAUUUAGUAGUUUAGUAAUUAUUUCAACUAUUGAGAAUUUAUUUAACCAUGAUGAAGUAUAUAGAAGAAAAUCAUUGGGUAAUGGAACUGAAACAGAAAAUAGGAGGAGGGAAGCGAGUACCACGACGUUUCAGUAAACAACGACGUUUCAGGAAACGCCAUU